UCGCCAGUGGAUCAUUUGCGGAUGCACAGGUUGUGCUACGAAUUGAGUAUAUAAACGUCUCUACAUGUCUAUUAUAUAUUCCGACAAGUGACCUGAUUCAUAACUUAGUAUCACUCGAUACCCUCUAAUCCCACGUGGUUUCUAAACUCUACUUGACUUCAGAUAAAAGAGGGGAAAAAAAUAUUAGAAGCAGCAACUGAUACAGCAGUCACGUCAGUAUCGCUCUGAUAGCAGUUCAUCGCCAGUAACAGACCAGCACAUAAUGCUGGAAGGCAGUUGACGUACCGAAAGUUCAGUUUCACAGAAAUGUCCAGUACCGAGGACAUUGCCACCCUAGGAUGGGCCGACUACGUGGUCAUUGGCGUCAUGCUGGCGAUCAGCGCGAGCAUCGGAAUUUACUACAGAUUUACAGGCGGACGACAAAAAACUACGGAGGAAUAUUUCUCGGCGGAUCGAUCGAUGAGCAUCGCUCCACUCUCUCUGGCUCUGAUGGUGUCUUUUAUGUCAGCAAUAACGUUGCUAGGAACCAGUUCUGAAAACUACAUGUACGGCACGCAGAUUAUUGCACUUUACGUAGGAUACUCACUGGGCACCCCAGCGUCGCUCUAUCUUUACCUUCCGGUCUUCUUCAAGCUGCAGACAAUGAGCGCUUACGAGUACCUGGAGAUGAGGUUCGGCGUCGCUGCAAGACUCCUUGCCAGCAUUGCAAACUCUCUACAGCUGCUCCUUUACACCGGUGUCGUUCUCUACGCUCCGGCUCUGGCCUUAGAAGCAACGACCAGAGUUCCGGGUGACAUCAGUGUCCUCCUCAUCGGUAUCAUCUGUACCUUCUACUCGACGGUCGGAGGCAUCAAAGCGGUUCUGAUCACCGACGUGUUUCAGGGUAUUUUGAUGUUCGUCGCUGUAACAAUGAUCAUCAUAUUCGGCGCGAUAAACGUGGAAGGUGGUAUCGCUGGGAUCUGGCAGAAGGCUCUCGACGGUGACCGUAUAGAGAUAGACAACAUUUCCCCGGACCCAACGAUGCGGCACACCUGGUGGAGCUUGACCAUCGGAGGUUUCUGCACUUUCUUGACUCUAUACGGAGUAAACCAGGUUCAAGUUCAACGGCUGUUGACCGUCAAGACUCUGAGCGCGGCAAAAAUGGCCAUGUGGGGUAACUGGCCGUUCCUUACCCUCUUGGGAGUGCUGACGUCCUUCUCGGGUCUCGCGAUGUAUGCCUACUUUGCCGACUGCGACCCUCUUACCGCGGGGCAGAUUUCCGCAAGCGACAUGCUGAUGCCCUACUUUGUGAUGAAGACGAUGGGCCACAUCCCCGGACUGGCUGGUCUCUUCGUUGCCGGAAUAUUCAGCGCUGGUCUUAGCACCGUAUCUGCGAUGUUGAACUCCCUGGCUGCGGUUGCCCUGGAGGACUACGUCAAGCCGACGUACGCAAAGCUGGGCUACCAGUUUCCGGAGAAACAUGGAACCCUGGUGGGGAAGAUAUUCGCGGUUGUCAUCGGUCUUAUGUGCCUCGCGGUGGCCUAUCUUGCCAAAAAUAUGGGAAGCUUGAUCCAGGCGUCGCUCAGCAUUACUGGGGCAAUCGGUGGCCCGUUGCUGGGCAUUUUCACGCUCGGAAUGUUCUUCGAGUCUGCGGAAGAGAUAGGGUCUAUUGUCGGGACUUCACUUAGCCUGGCUUUGAUGUGCUGGACCGCCUUUGGCCAGCCCAGACCUUCCAAAGUCGCAUUGCCACUGUCCACUAGCGGCUGCAGCGCGAAUGUGACGACGGCGAGUUUGUCGACCGUGAGACAAAUGGCCGUCGGAGAUUCGUCUUCCUUUUAUCUCUACCGGAUUUCGUACAUGUGGUAUUCGCCGUUGGGACUCAUAGUGUCUGUCGUUGUGGGCCUAGCAGUGAGCAGCUUGGUAAAUCUAGUCAGGAAGAAACCUUUGCCGGAGCUGAAUCCAGACCUCUUCACGCCUCUGGUGGCCAGAAGAAUAAGACGGAGGCGCGUCGACGUGACCAAAACAACAAACAGUCAAAUAUUCACGCUACAGAUGCAAAAAUCUGAGCCAAUUCACGUAGACUAAUUAACACAAAUUUUAAAAUUGUACGUAUGAUUGAAAAAUAUUUGAAGAAACU